GCUGGUUUGACAGAGUCGAGGAGCCAGAAGAAGAACAAGACCAUGAAGAACACAACAAGACGAGGUAACCAUGGGAAACAGCAACAGUAACUUUGCCUGUGAGGGGGCGGAGCUUCAGUCGACACACACCUGGUGGGGGCGUGGCCACAGGGCGAGUGGGCGGAGCUACAGGAAACCCAAUCAACCAAUCAGGAGCCAGAAUCGCACAAACAAACACCAGAAAGUGGAUUUAAACGCGGAUUUUCGGACAGUUUUUCCCAAUAAUAUUUUUGAAACUUCGUGGAGAAAUUCUCGGAAUCAUUUUGAUUGGAAUUGUGGAAUUUCAAGCGUGAAAAAUGGGAGUUUGAGCUCAGAGGAAAAUUUGGAAAAAUGCGAGGUAAACCUGAGCAGCUCGUGUCAGGACAGCGGGUUCGGAGAGUCCUUCCAAGUCCCGAGUCCAGUCUGGUCCCAGAGUCCGGGAUCGUCCCCAGACCUGGUUUUGGACCGGGAUUUUAAAGACCUCGUCGUGACCGGAGCCGAGGCCGAGAAGAAGGACGUGUUCAGGACCCGGAUCAGGAAGUGGAGCGACUGGACAGGAAGUCUGAGGAUCAAAAAGAGGCGGGUCCAGGAUCCAGACCUCGGCAGCAUCUGGUCCUUUAACCCUCUCCAGAACCAGGACAAGUCCGGACUAAACCAGGACCAGACCCAGUCCGAUCUAGACCAGCACUUCAGCAUCUACCAGAACUUCAGACAGGAUCUAGAGUCCAAGUCCACGUUAGGAUCCACGCAGACCUCCUCAGACCUGGACUCCAUGGACCAGGAGGACCAGGGUCUCGGGUCCGGACCGGGACUAAACCAGGACAAGGGUCUAGACCGAGGGGUGGUCCGGAGAGCGGGCUGGAUCUGGAUCAAACCUCUGAUCAAACUCAACAAAGACCAACUCCAACUGGUGCCGAGGAGAAAGUGGAGGAAAUACUGGGUCAAACUCCGAGGUUGUUGGCUGCAGUUCUUCACGUCCCCCGGUCAGGACCAGGACCCGGACCAGGACCCGGACCAGGACCCGGACCAGGACCCGGGCCAGGACUUGGGGCAGGAUGUGAGCCCUGUGAUGGAGCUGCGCGUGUGGGACAGUCUGGUCCAGCCGGUCCCAGAACAUCCGACCAAAGAGCACGUGUUCUGUCUGAGCAACGCCGUCGGACACGUCUACCUCCUCCAGACGUUUCCACGUCUGUUCAGACUCGACUCCACCACAAAUCUACUCGAGUAA